CGAAAGUUCUUUCUGGAUCAAAUUGGACUGCAUUCUUUUCUUUCCUCUUCUUGUUCUCAAUUUUCAGUCCAUCCCAUUUUUUGUUAUUUCUCAAAAUCUCUUUCUAUUUCUUGCAGGCCCUUUAUUCCAAUUCACACAAUCCAGUUCUUAAUUUCACUCCUCAGCAACAAAAGAUUGAAUUGUGAUAUGCUAUUGUGAUUCUUUCUCCAUUUCGAACUUGUGGGCUCCCUUAGUUUGUGUACUAAGGUUUUCCUUUUGGGUAGUUUUGGAGAAUCCCCGAGUAAAAGAGCUGUCUUGGAGUGAACUGGAGACUCUGUGUUGUGAAAGCUUGCAGUUUCACACACUCUGGAAUUCACUUUUUGACUGAAAAAGAAACUUUUUUUGAGGCCUUAAUUUGUCAGGAUGCAGCGAACAUUCCACCCCACCCCAACCCACGAAAUCCAUCCCUGUUCUGCUGAUAAUUAUGUCAAAUCCUCUGAAUAAGGAAAGUGUAUUGUAUUACUUAGCUGUACUGGUUAUAUCUUGCUCUUCAUUCUCUCUCUAACUCUUAAGUAAAUAUAUAUGUGCACACUCGGCUAGUAGGCCUUGAGAAUUAUCGGCCCUCUUUACUUUUCUUAGUACUCAGAGUGCCGCUUUCAUACCGUGCUCGAGUUUACCUUUUUCAGCUCCUCUAAAGGGUUUGUUUGAAGAUUUGAAGUUUGAUUCUGUGGUGAGAAAAUGAAGGGGGCUGCAUUGGUAGCCAUUGCUGCCACAAUUGGCAACUUUUUGCAGGGUUGGGAUAAUGCAACUAUUGCAGGAGCGGUCGUUUACAUUAAAAAAGAGCUUCAGUUGGGAGCUGCCAUAGAGGGGCUGAUUGUGGCAAUGUCGCUCAUUGGAGCCACGCUUAUCACCACUUGCUCAGGAACGAUAUCGGACUUGAUUGGUCGACGCCCUAUGCUUAUUUCGUCGUCCAUGUUCUAUUUUCUCAGUGGCUUGAUAAUGUUGUGGUCACCUAAUGUUUACGUCCUGCUUCUAGCGAGGCUCUUGGAUGGGUUUGGUAUUGGACUUGCUGUUACUCUAGUUCCUCUCUACAUAUCCGAGACUGCACCAUCUGAGAUACGAGGCCUGUUAAAUACUCUUCCCCAGUUCACUGGCUCUGGUGGAAUGUUUCUGGCAUAUUGUAUGAUUUUCGGAAUGUCAUUACUGCCCUCACCAAGCUGGAGAUUGAUGCUAGGAGUACUUUCUGUUCCUUCUCUUUUAUAUUUUGCAUUAACAGUAUUUUAUUUGCCUGAAUCUCCUCGAUGGCUAGUAAGUAAAGGAAAGAUGCUUGAGGCCAAACGAGUCUUGCAAAAGCUGCGCGGUAGGGAGGAUGUUUCGGGUGAAAUGGCUUUAUUGGUAGAGGGUCUAGCAGUUGGUGGUGAAACUUCUUUAGAAGAAUACAUCAUCGGUCCGGCGGAUGAACUCGGGGAGGAUCAGGAGCCAAUGGCAGAUAAAGACCACAUCAAGUUGUAUGGGCCUGAAGAGGGACUCUCGUGGAUUGCGAAGCCCAUUAGUGGGCAGAGUCGUCUUAGCAUCGUCUCCCAUCAAGGUAGCAUGGCAAAUCAAAACGUGCCUCUUAUGGAUCCUCUUGUGACACUCUUCGGCAGCGUACAUGAGAAGCUCCCGGAAACGGGGAGCAUGCGAAGCAUGCUAUUCCCAAAUUUUGGCAGCAUGUUCAGCACUGCGGAGCCUAAUAUCAAGAAUGAAGAGUGGGACGAAGAGAGUCUGCAGAGAGAGGGCGAGGGUUAUGCAUCAGAGGCCGGAGAUGCCGACUCCGAUGACAAUUUGCAGAGCCCCUUGAUUUCACGUCAAAAUACAAGUAUGGAGAAGGAAAUGGCCCAUCCUCAAUCCCAUGGUAGUGUCUUGAACAUGAGACGCCACAGUAGUCUCAUUCAAGGGAAUGCCGGAGAAGCUGCUGGCAUAGGUGGUGGUUGGCAAUUAGCAUGGAAAUGGUCGGAAAGAGAAGGUGAAGAUGGAAAGAAAGAAGGCGGUUUUAAGAGGAUUUAUUUGCACCAGGAGGGCGCCCCACUUAACUCGAGACGUGGUUCUCUUGUUUCAAUACCUGGUGGUGAUGCUCCCAUAGAUGGAGAGUAUAUCCAGGCUGCGGCUCUAGUGAGCCAGCCCGCUCUUUACGCAAAGGAACUUGUGGAUCGGCAUGCAGUCGGGCCAGCGAUGGUACAUCCGGCGGAAACUGCUGGAAAAGUGCAAAUUUUGGCUGCUCUUCUUGAACCAGGGGUUAAACGAGCAUUAAUUGUUGGGAUUGGGAUUCAAAUACUGCAGCAGUUUUCUGGUAUCAAUGGAGUUUUGUACUAUACUCCCCAAAUUCUUCAGCAGGCUGGUGUGGACGUUCUUCUCUCCAACCUCGGCAUUGGUUCGGACUCUUCGUCUUUCCUCAUUAGUGCAUUCACAAAUUUCUUGAUGCUACCGAGUAUUGCUGUUGCUAUGCGGUUCAUGGACGUAUCUGGUAGAAGGUCCCUUCUGUUGACGACAAUACCUGUACUAAUAAUAUCGCUCGUUGCCCUUGUAAUUGGCAACGUUUUUAAUUUUGGCACUGUGGCUCAUGCUGUAAUCUCAACCAUCUGCGUCGUCAUCUAUUUCUGCACAUUCGUGAUGGGCUACGGACCAAUCCCAAACAUCCUCUGCUCCGAAAUCUUCCCAACAAGGGUGCGUGGCAUCUGCAUUGCUAUCUGCGCCUUAGUUUUCUGGAUAUGCGAUGUUAUCGUCACUUACACUCUGCCCGUGAUGCUGAGCUCAAUCGGGUUAGCUGGUGUUUUCGGGAUUUACGCUGUGGUCUGUGUGGUCUCAUGGAUUUUCAUAUUCUUGAGGGUUCCAGAAACGAAGGGCAUGCCGUUGGAAGUCAUUACAGAGUUCUUCGCCGUUGGAGCAAAACAAGCUGCCGCUGGCAGUGCUAAAAACGAGUAACGAUAAACGCUGGACGACGAUCGGUGCCGGAGCUCCAUGCUGCUGAAGAUGAUUUCAAUGUUAGUUCCAUUGAGAAUUAGCGUUUGUGGCAAUUUAGUUAAUGUAUCAGACAGACAUUCCUACAUCUUUCUUGCUAUAUAAUAGGAAAAGUUUGAGUUUAUGGUCAUCUGUGUGAGUUCAGCUGUGGCUGUGGCUGUGGCUGUGGCUGUGAGUAGCAAAUUUACAGUCUCUUCUCUGUCAAAAUGUUUUUGGAAGUGAGGGGUACUUGUAGCCUUCUCCUAAAUUUGGUAGGCACGGACGAAUUUACUCUUUUGGCCCUAACUCUUUGUUGAAUGAUUGGUUACACCA